ACCCGACGCGCUUGAGACGGAUCUCAACAUAAUCCCCACAGAUCAAUUCAACUUUCUCGUGAAUCAAAACCAAAAAAAAAAAUUGAAAAAAAAAAAUGUGAUUAUCCACCCAAUCGAUUUUUUUAGUUUUUGUGUUCUGAGAAGAAGACGAAAGAGAGGGAGGAAGAAGAGAGAAAGAGGACUUUUUCAAAAUCAUGGCGAAUAUCGCGGGGCAGCUAAAACGAGGAAUCUCGAGACAAUUCUCAACUGGAUCGCUUCGUCGGACGCUUAGUCGUCAAUUCACGCGUCAAGCUUCACAUGAUCCUCGCCGGAUCAAUAUGCGUUUCAGUUUCGGCCGACAAUCGUCUCUAGAUCCGAUUCGCCGGAGUCCUGAAGGUUCUAACAACCGUCCGCAGCUGGCUGUGCCGGAUAAUCUCGACGCCACUAUGCAGCUUCUGUUUGUGGCUUGUAGAGGUGAUGUUGAAGGUGUUCAGGAUCUGCUCGAUGAAGGGAUUGAUGUUAAUAGUAUUGAUCUUGAUGGUCGUACGGCUCUUCAUAUCGCUGCUUGUGAAGGUCACGUUGACGUUGUGAAGCUGCUUCUUACCAGGAGGGCUAACAUCGAUGCUAGAGAUCGUUGGGGAAGCACGGCAGCUGCUGAUGCUAAGUACUAUGGUAACAUGGAUGUUUUCAACAUUUUGAAAGCCCGUGGAGCUAAAGUUCCAAAAACCAAAAGGACACCGAUGGCUGUGACAAAUCCUCGUGAAGUUCCUGAAUACGAGUUAAAUCCACAAGAACUUCAAGUUCGGAAAGCUGAUGGUAUUUCAAAGGGAAUAUAUCAAGUGGCUAAAUGGAAUGGAACAAAGGUAUCUGUAAAGAUACUUGAUAAGGAUCUCUACAAGGAUCCUGAAACUAUAAAUGCGUUCAAACACGAACUUACUUUAUUCGAGAAGGUUCGUCAUCCUAAUGUUGUGCAAUUUGUUGGAGCGGUUACUCAAAACGUCCCCAUGAUGAUUGUGUCCGAGUACCAUCCUAAAGGUGACCUGGGGAGCUAUCUUCAAAAGAAAGGUCGUCUUUCUCCGGCCAAAGUUCUAAGAUUUGCCCUUGAUAUGGCCAGGGGAAUGAAUUAUCUUCAUGAAUGUAAACCAGAACCAGUAAUCCACUGUGAUCUCAAACCCAAAAAUAUUAUGCUCGAUAAUGGAGGACAUCUGAAGGUGGCCGGGUUUGGGUUAAUAAGUUUUACGAAGUUAUCAUCUGAUAAAUCCAGAAUCCUUAAUCACGCUGCCCAUAUAGAUCCUUCAAAUUACUGUAUGGCACCUGAGGUUUACAAAGAUGAAGUAUUUGACAGGAGUGUGGAUUCUUACUCUUUUGGUGUCGUAUUAUAUGAGAUGAUCGAAGGAGUACAACCUUUCCAUCCUAAGCCCCCAGAAGAGGCAGUGAAGCUAAUGUGUUUGGAAGGAAGACGACCUUCGUUUAAGGCCAAGACCAAAAGUUGCCCUCAAGAGUUAAGAGAAUUGAUUGAGGAAUGCUGGGAUACGGAAACUUUUGUUAGGCCAACAUUUUCUGAGAUCAUAGUUCGAUUGGACAAGAUCUUUGUACACUGCUCAAAACAGGGAUGGUGGAAAGAUACAUUCAAGUUCCCUUGGAAAUAAUACAAAAGACCAGGAGAGGUUUGACUCAGAAACACGAGGAACAUAGCAAUUCAAGAGCUCUCUUCUCAUGUUUCAAGAGCUCUCUUCUCAUGUUUACUAAAAACUCCGUACAAAGAAACAAAAGGAAACGGCCCUCUCAGAUUUGUCACUGUCUUAUAGUGUAACAAUGUAUAAUGUAUACCACGGAAAGUACUUCAUCGAGCUAUUAGACUUCUCUAAUGCCACAGAACUGAGCGUUUUGAGAUAAAAAUGUACAAUAUUUAUAUAAGUAGCAAGAAAGCUCUUUAUGUCUUAAA